AAAAAAAAAAAAAAAAAAGAGAAUUCUUUGAACCAACGUUGGGCGGGACAUUCGAGAAAUUGGCUUCCUUUCUUAACAAGUUCUGGUUUAAGGUGUGUGAAAAUGCCGGAUACUAAGGCAAUUGCACAGCUGACAAUCACAUCGUGAGCGGUUGUUCGUUUCGCGGAUCAUCCGGGGGAUAAUGAUUACAGAACAGACCUGGAGCAUGAUGCUGGACAGUGAUGUCGCGGGCAUCAAUGAGUUGAGUAUUUCCCCGAGGAAACAAUUAUGGAUCAAGGCUGUGAAGAAACUAACUUCCGAGAGGCUGGGGAGGGAAGGAUUGGCGGCAUGGGAGGACCGGAAGUCCAACAACGAUCCGGAAGUUGCAGACAUCAAUGAAAUAGCCGAUCUAACCGAGGAUGCAGACAUUUCUACCGAGCCGGACGUGGCUCUUGCCGAUCAGCCAGUCGAUGCUGAAUCUCAAGCGCAGCGAGAUGUUUUCAAGAAAGGCGUGCUCUACAAGGGAAUAUUUUGUCCAUCGCUAUCGAACAGCUUCCACAGCAAACAGCUGGAGACGUCGUAUCUCCAUUACUCGAAUCGUCAACGGCAGAAAUCGUUGAUCAUGCUGAAUAUCGUCGAUCUUAGCUUAAAGGUAAACCGAUCCCUUAAAAGGCUUAGUCACUCGAGUACCACGAAGCAAGUAUAUUCUGUAUUUUUGUUUCUCUAUUUCUCGUUUCAUAAAACACGCAAAUACUGGCGACACCAGAUCAUCCUGAUGGCGAUAUGGCUGUGGAAGAGGGACGAGAACAGCGGCGGCCUGAUCGAGUCAUUGUCUUGGGUGAUUUGCUGUAUGGCAGCCAACUUGAUGGUUUGCGUUCUUGGCUGGUGGCGGUGUUUCUCCAACAAUUAUUUAUAUUGGGCUUCCAUAUUCACUUGGUUAUUGAUCAAUUCGCAAGGUUUUAUAGGAGCUGGUCUAGAUUUCUCUAGUCAACAACGUCUCAUGUGGUACAUUUUGUUUGUCGUGUAUGCGCCGUACGCCAUGCUGCCGUUGCCUUUGAGAUGGUGUGUCCUUGCCGGUUACGGGACUGCUUUAACUCACAUGGUGAUGGCGGGAAUAACCUUAUUACGAGACCCCACAUACCUGCAUGAUGUCACGUGCAUAGUUCGAAUGCUAACAACCAACGUCCUUCUUUAUCUUGCAAUGAAUCUAGCUGGCAUGUACACUAAGUAUUUGACAGACAGAGGACAGAGACAGGCUUUCCUGGAGACGCACAGAUCCAUGGAGACCCGGCAACGAACGCAAAACGAGAACAACCGACAAGAGAAGUUGCUCCUCUCUGUUUUACCAGAUUUCGUGGCUAAGGAAAUGAUCCGUGAUAUCGCCCGUGAAACUGCACGAGGUGGAACAAUCUCCUUUACACCUAAUCAAUUUCACAGAAUAUAUAUCCAUCGCUAUGAGAAUGUCAGCAUACUUUUUGCUGACAUCAAAGGUUUCACCGCUUUGGCCAGCCAAUGUAGCGCUCAAGAGCUUGUUAAAGUGUUGAACGACUUGUUUGCUCGUUUCGACAAGCUCUCUGCAGAGAAUCAUUGUUUACGUAUCAAAUUACUUGGAGAUUGUUACUAUUGCGUGUGUGGACUACCGACACCCAGAAGCGAUCAUGCUCAUUGUUGCGUCGAGAUGGGCUUGCACAUGAUUAAAGCAAUAAGAGACGUGCGGUACACAACAAAGGUCGAUCUAAACAUGAGGAUAGGAAUUCACAGUGGUUCGGUACUGUGUGGUGUGCUUGGACUUCGAAAAUGGCAAUUCGAUGUCUGGUCUUACGAUGUAACGUUGGCUAAUCAUCUCGAGAGCGGAGGAAUACCUGGGAGAGUACAUAUUUCAGAAGAUACCUUGAACUGUUUAAACGACGUUUACGAAGUAGAGCCAGGAAACGGGACCGAAAGGGACAAUUACUUGAAGGAGAGGAACGUGGUGACUUACUUGAUCAAACAGGUAGAACCUCUGAGGUCGAGGCGCCGGUAUUCUUCACGACCUAAGAUAUGGUCCGAGGAGGACGCGAACAAAAGUAAAAAGAGCUUCAAGCUGAACAAUCCGUUGGCUGCGAACAGCAGUGCUCCGAAUUCGUCCACUGACGACGACAUUGGCGUGGAUUGGACACCGGAGAUACCAUUCGAGAACUUGAAUACCGCGACCUCGGUCAGCAAUUUGGAGUCGGAGUAUCUCGAGGAAGAGAAUGGUUCGGCGAAAAGCACUAAGGUUGCGUCUGCUACGUCCGCCGAGAAACUGAGGGCCGCAGGUCUUGAAACCGCAAGUAACAAGCGCAUGAGAUUGGCGAACAUAAACGCUUGGACCUUGCGUUACAAUGACGAAAGCCUAGAAUCGAAAUUGCGUUAUUCUUUUGGGCUCGUUGCUGGCAACGACGCUCAUUUUGGUAUUGUCGUCAAUCCUGGUCAUGGCGGAGGAGUUCAAAACCUUGCCAACGUACUUGCAACAUGCUUCCUCGAUGUUGGUCCACAACAAACAGCAUCGGACGAUCUUUAUAUGCAGCGUGAUCAGUUUGAUGGCUCUGACGUCGAUAGUCGGUGUUCUAGCGUGUCCAACGUCGAUUCGACGAUAUCCUGAAACUCUGGAGCUGCAGCAGCAGCCGUUAGCGAAUCCAACGCUGCAGCCAGAACGGCUGGUGGCACCGACCGACGUUAGUCUCGAUCAAUUUAUUCUGACGUUUCUGGAAGCGGCCCUCCACGACGAGCCCUCCUCAGAUGAACAGAAAGACGUCUCUUCCAAAGAGAAUCAAACAGCGGUUGACGCUGAACUGACAAGGAUCCUCAACGACAGAGCCAAUCCGGAGAAAGGUCGAAGAAGAAGAGAGUUCUUCAGGGACGAAGACAUGGUCUUGAGGAAGAUACCAUCAACGCCGGAAACGGAACCUCGCGCAGAAUCUAUGUACUCCGUAGACUACGUGGGGGAGGACGACGUAGAUUUGGAGACCACCUGCGUACGACCGGAAUACAUCGUGUUCACGUGGAUUCUAUGUCUGAUUGCGUUGGCCUCUGCGCUGAAAUUGUAUUAUCUGGUGAAGACGGCUCUUGCCACGAUCAUCGUUGCUGUUUACGCGGUGUUGAUUCUCGUGGUCUGCAAGGACUUUUUCUCGAUUCCCGACGAAGAGAAGGAUUCAGUGACGAUACCUCUCUCGGCACAGAUGCUCACGUUUAUGUUAGUAUUCUUGGUGAUGGUUACGUAUCACGGUAGACUGGUAGAAGUAACGUCCAGGUUGGACUUCCUUUGGAAACAGCAGGCCGAAAGGGAGCUAAGCGACAUGAUUGAAUCACGGCACAAUAACAUGCAGUUGUUGAAGAACAUUUUACCGGACCACGUAGCUCAUCACUUUUUAACACAAGAGAGAGCACCAGAGGAGCUGUAUUCUCAGUCGCGCGACAAAGUUGGAGUGAUGUUCGCUAGUGUGCCAAAUUUCACGGAGUUCUACUCGGAGGACGUUAACAAAGGAAUGGAGUGUAUACGUUUACUGAACGAGAUUAUUGCUGAUUUCGACGAACUUUUGGACGAAAAUCGGUUUCAUUGCAUUGAAAAGAUAAAGACAGUCGGAGCAACGUACAUGGCAGCUUCCGGUCUCAAUCCUUGUCAAAAUGACAAAAAUAAGGAUGACAUGGAGCACGUGUGUAGACUGGUGGAUUAUGCGGUAGCAAUGAGACUUCGUCUUGAGGACGUCAACAUACAUUCGUUUAAUAAUUUUGACUUGAGAGUAGGCAUUAGUUGUGGUCCACUGGUAGGCGGUGUGAUCGGUGCUCGUAAGCCUGUAUUCGACAUUUGGGGUAACACGGUGAACUUGGCUUCACGUAUGGAUUCUACAGGCGUUAUGGGGAAGAUACAAGUCCCGCAGGACAUUGCUAGGUUCUUGGAAUCGAGAGGAUAUCAAACUCAGAAAAGGGGUCUUAUCGAAGUUAAAGGGAAAGGAGCAAUGGAGACGUAUUUCGUACUCGACAAGGGAACGCUGCAACAACAAGGCACAACCAAGCAAACAACAAGAUGCCGAAGUCUUGCAGCAGUUGUUUAUGGUGUUGUUCAAGCACGUCGUAAGCAAAUGCGAGGACUUAGAAGGACAUAAGUAUCGUAUUCACGUCAGUAUUUCUUUUUGGUUCAUUGGUGCCUAGUUAUGUACAAACGAUUCACCUUCAAAUUAGCAGUUAAAUUAAAUUGUAAGAUAAGACUUAAAAUGAAUGAUCCCAGUAACUCUUUCAUUUUUUGAAGGUAAAAGGAUAUUUUUUUUUUUUUUUU